GUGUCCCUCGCUGCUGAGCCUGGACUCCAGCUUUCGGUUGGAUUUUUCUGUUGAUCCCGAGGCAGCACAGAGCUCGGGGGAAGGAUGAUGAUUGAGCUGCAAAGCACUGAGGAUGGCGGAGGCGGUGGCGGGCUUGGCCACGUGGACAUACUGAGCACAGAGGAGCUGGAGUGUAAGAUCUGCUACUGCGCAUACAACCUCGGGGGUCGCAGGCCAAAAGUGCUCGAGUGCUGCCACCGUCUGUGCGCCAAAUGCCUCACUAAGAUCCUCGACCUGGGUGAGUCGCCUCCAUACGUCGUUGUGUGCCCGUUCUGCCGCUACGUCACCAGACUGCCGGGGCAGGCGGUGAGCAGCCUGCCAGAUGAUUGCAACCUGGUGGCGGCGCUGGCCCUCCAAAGCAGGAACCAGAGGAACUUCCGCUUCAACCAGGAUGCGACCACGGAGCUGCUGCUCAGCCCCAGGCACCUGAGCUCGCUGAUGGCAAGCAACCCAACCGUGACAUCCCCUUCCUCGUCCUCGUCCGCGUCCUCUUCCUCCACCACCUACUCCUCCAUCCGGGGGUCCCCUAACUUUGUGGUCAUUACCAUCAUGGAGCCUCCACCGAUGCCUGCCUCCAACCAAGACGUCCACCGUCACGGAGCUCACAUAUCAAACCGGGGCUACCGCGCGUCCAGUCUGGACUCCAUGGCGUCCAUCACGCAGAGGUGGACCGUGUGGAACUGUGCGGCCCUGCUGUGCCAGACCUCGGCCCGGGCGCUGGUGUGGGUGCUGGGGCUGCUGUACUUCAGUUCGCUGCCCAUGGGGGUGUACCUGCUCAUCAUGCAGAGGACAACGCUCGGGGUGCUGCUGGUGAGCCUGGUCCCCGUCAGUCUCGUCAUGAUCAUGAUCUACGGCUUCUGCCAGUGUAUCUGCCACGAGCUAUGGGACUGCAUGCCACCAUAA